AUGAGAACUUCCUUAUAUAUUCUUCUAUUAGCAUUUAGCUACUUUUCUAAUUGGGAAUAUUUUGAACAUUUUAAAUUAUUAAAUAAAUUGAUAAAUAAUAAAGAUAACAAAAUAAUAUAUCAUAGAAUUUUGAAGGAUUUAUAUGAUAGCAAUAAUUCAGCAUAUAAUAAUGCAUUAGAUAAAACGAACAUAAGAAAAAAAAAACAAGAACUGGUAGUUCCUAUAAAGAAAGAAGAAAUUAGUGUAAUAAACAAAACAAUAGUAGAAAAAUUAGAUAUAAAAAAAGAAAAAAAGAAAGAAUAUUUAUCAGAAGAAAGUGAAAAUGUGAAUAAAGAAGAAAAAGAAAGAAAAAUAAAGGUAGAAGAUAAAAAAAAAGAUGAAAUAGAUGACGAAAAAAAAAAAUUAAUUAAGAAAAAUUCAUUAGACAAAAUAAAAGACAUAAAUAUAUCUGAGAAUAUUACAAAUAGUUCUGAAAAUUCGGCUGAAGAAUAUGAUGAGGAUUUAUUUGGAAAAAGUGAUCAUUUAUUUGAAAUGAGAAAAUUACAAAAAAGAGCAAUUCCAUUAAUAAAGGACACAGAAGAAAACGAAUAUAUAAAAUUAUUAAAUAGUAUGAAUAUAAUACCAAAUGAAAAAUAUAUAUUAAGCAAAAGAGACGAAAAAAAUUAUAACAAAAUAAUGGGAUAUUCAUAUAUAUUACUAAGUGAAAUAAACAAUGAUACUAAGUUAAUUUUUAAUACGUAUUUAAAAAGAAUUUUUGACUUAUUGUUAAGUGAGAAAUUAGUCAUUAAUAUGUGUAAUAGCAGUGGAGAAAUUUCAUUUAACUUGUCAGAAGAAUUAAUCAAAGUACCAAGAUUUAAUUGUAAUACUUCAAAUAUAAAUAUAAAUAAUUUAAGUAAUAAAAAAUGUAAUAAAUAUAUUAAAGAAUGUAAAUCUGAAAAGGAGAGCACAGCAAAAGAUUGUAAUCAAAAAAUAUUAAAUUGCUUUUUAUCAUUUAUAAAAAAUGGAGAUUAUCUGAUUGUUGACCAUUUAUAUGAAUACUAUAGUUCUUUAGAAGAUAUAAUAAAAAAAACAGAAUUAAGAAAUCAAAUGGAUUAUUUAUAUAAAAAUUACACUUUUCACCCAUUAGAAGAAAACAAAGAUGUAUUAAAAAAAAAGGUACAUAAUAAAAUAUUCAUAGAAGCACUUGGAACAAUAUUGUUCAAUAAAUACCGAAAAAAUAAAAAAUAUUUAUAUUCAAGUUACAUAAUUGUUAUAGAUACUUUAUUUUCUGCAAUUAGAAAAAAAAUAGUAGCUUCAGAUAUGUUUAAGUUUGUUGAAUCUUUUUUUGUAAAUAUAUUUUUGUUACACAAAAAAUUCUUAGGAUUCUUAUUGAGAUCUCCAUUUUAUAUUAAAUAUAAAUUAUUUUAUACUCCUAAUUUAAGUAAAAGAAAUUUUGAGAAUACUUUGACUAGGAUAUAUUCUAGUUCUGUUCUAGACGACCUUUUAAAUAAUGAACUAGAUGAUUCAAAACCUGAAGAACCAUUAAAGAAUACGACUAAUGGGAAAAAAGAAGAAAAAUAUAAUUUUAUUGAAAUAUCUAAAAAUUCAAAUGAAUCCUUAUUAAAUAGCAAUAAUCAAAUUCAAAAUGCUCUCUCUGGUGAAAAUGAUGUUUUAUGUAAAUAUAUCCCAAUAAAAAAAAAGGUGAUAUAUGAAAAGCUAAAUGUUACAAAAAAAAUAGCAGAAGAAGCCAUUUUAAGUUACCUGGUUCAAUUGUUGUUGAAAAAAGUACAUAAAUAUGUAGUUGAAUAG